GAUGGCGGCGGUGGCGGCUGCUCGAGCGGUGCCUGUGGGCCCAGGGUUCCGGGGUCUGCGACGGACUUUACCUCUGGUAGUGAUUCUCGGGGCCACCGGCACAGGCAAAUCCACCCUGGCAUUGCAAUUAGGCCAGCGGCUCGGGGGCGAGAUCGUCAGCGCAGACUCCAUGCAGGUCUAUGAAGGUUUAGACAUCAUCACCAACAAGGUUUCUGCCCAAGAACAGAGGAUCUGCCAGCAUCACAUGAUCAGCUUUGUGGAUCCUCUUGUGACCAAUUACACAGUGGUAGACUUCAGGAACAAAGCAACAUCUCUGAUUGAAGAUAUAUUUUCCCGAGACAAAAUUCCUAUUGUCGUGGGAGGAACCAAUUAUUAUAUUGAGUCUCUGCUCUGGAAAGUUCUUGUUAGUACCAAGCCCCAGGAGAUGGGCAGUGAGAACACAACUGACCGGAAAGUAGAGCUUGAAAAGGAGGAUGGCCAUGAACUCCACAGGCGCCUAAGCCAGGUUGACCCAGAAAUGGCUGCCAAGCUACACCCACAUGACAAGCGCAAAGUGGCCAGGAGCUUGCAAGUGUUUGAAGAAACUGGAAUAUCUCACAGUGAAUUUCUUCAUCGUCAACACGCAGAAGAAGGUGGUGGUCCCCUUGGAGGCCCGCUGAAGUUUCCUAACCCUUGCAUCCUCUGGCUUCACGCUGACCAGACAGUUCUAGAUGAGCGCUUGGAUAAGAGGGUGGACGACAUGCUUGCUGCCGGACUGUUGGAGGAACUAAGAGAUUUUCACAGACGCUAUAAUCAGAAGAAUGUUUCAGAGGAUAGCCAGGACUAUCAACAUGGUAUCUUCCAGUCAAUUGGCUUCAAGGAGUUUCACGAGUACCUGAUCACUGAGGGAAAAUGCACACCAGAGACUAGUAACCAGCUUCUAAAGAAAGGUAUUGAGGCUCUGAAACAAGUAACUAAGAGAUAUGCUCGGAAGCAGAACCGAUGGAUUAAAAACCGCUUUUUGAGCAGACCUGGUCCUAGUGUCCCUCCAGUGUAUGGCUUAGAGGUAUCUGAUGUCUCCAAGUGGGAAGAGUCUGUUCUGGAACCUGCUCUUGAAAUCGUGCAAAGUUUCAUCCAGGGCCACAAGCCUGCAGCCACUCCAAUAAAGAUGCCCUACAAUGAAAAUGAGAACAAGAGAAGCUAUCAUAUGUGUGACUUCUGUGAUCGCAUUAUCAUUGGGGACCGCGAAUGGGCAGCUCAUAUAAAAUCCAAAUCCCACUUGCAUCAACUGAAGAAAAAAAGAAGAUUGGAAUCAAAUGCUGUCAACACCAGAGAAAGUCAAAGUAUCUCCCCUGACUGUGACAGAGAACUUAAAAAGAAGGGGUGCCCAGGGCAGGAUGAUCCAGAGCUGAUAUGCAGCACAUAAGAGACAUCCCCAGUAACCUUGGUAAAGGUGGUAGAGACUCCAUUCAGGAGGGCGGGGCCUUUUCUCCUAUUCUGGGCCGAGGAGUGCUGUGCAUAAAGCCCCCGCCAUUUUAUUUCAUUUAGUGUUGUGGCUGUGAAGUGUUCUCUGAAAUGGGAGUGGCAGACCUCGUGAGCUCCUCGUGUGGCUGAUGUGUCUGGCAGUGACGUAUUUCCAGAAGGGCUUUUUUUUUUUUUUUUUUCUUUUGAACCUUAUAGGUUUAAAGAAAGGCACAGAUUGUACAUUUUUAUACUUGCGAAUCUCUUGAAUAGUGGAUACCAGCAUUCACUAUAUCCCUUAAAACAAGUUUUCUUCCGGACGCCAGCUAAAAAUAUCUCAUUUCCAGAUGCUUUUGUAGAUGACUGAAGUAUUGUGAGCUGCAAAUCAGGAGGUCUGGAUCUGAGUGAACUGCAGGAAAGAACCAGCCCCUGUGAAAUGAUCAAGUGAACACAGAUAGUUCUUGGAAUUCCUGAGAGCAGGGAUCAGAUCAAGGUGUGGGACUUGGAACUUGAAAUCUAAAGGCUUGGAAACGUGUUGAGCUGCUCCUGUGUGGGAAGACACUAUCACUGGUGUCUCUCUAUUGAGUUAUAAAUCCAUAUUCUUGCUGAAAGUUAAAUAAAGAAAAAGUCUGCAGGAGCCUUUUCGAUCCUUAAAAAGAUAGGUAUGUUCACAUAUAGUUUAUAUACAAUAUGCUUUUAUUAACAUGGUAGCUUUUCAACAAAUUUGACCUUCAUAGAUCAUGCCGUCUUCACUUGUGUAGCAGGUGUUUGCUGAGCAUUUAUAUUCCUAGAAGACAUCCAGACAGACUCUUUUUGUAGAUUUGUUAUUUCUAGUUGAAAUCCUCUUUCUGGAAUGACCUGAGCUGCCAGCAAUAUUAUAUAAAUAUUUAUUUAUAUGUAACAUGAAAUUAAACAUUUUGCUUGUGUAAUUCACCGCAUUGAUUACAUUCACAACACUGUAAGUCAUCACUGUUAUUUUGAAAACCUGUUCAUCACUGAAAACAGAAACUCAGUACUCAUUAUGUAAUAAUUUCCCACUCAGAUUUUUUAUUCAGAAUCUACUGGACUAGGCUAGUGGAUAUAGGCUAGAGGGGCUGGCUCUGUGGUAUAGUAGGUUAAGCUGCUGCCUGCAAUGCUGACAUCUCAUAUGGGCAGCAGUUCGAGUCCUGGCUGCUCCACUUCAAUCCAGUUGUCUGCUAUGGCCUGGGAAAGCAGUGGGAGAUGGCCCAAAUGCUUGGGCCCUGCACCUGCAUGGGAGACCCAGUGGAAGCUCCUGGCUCCUGGCUUGGGCCUGGCCCAGCCCAAUCUGUUGCAGCCAUUUGGGGAGUGAACCAGCAGGUAGAAGAUUCUUUCUGUAUCUCUGCCUUUGAAAUAAAUAAAUGAAUCUUUAAAAAACAAAAAACAAAAAAACAGAGAUGCAUGAGCUGUGCAACUUAUUUUCAGGGACUUGCAAAGUAGACUUAUGUAUACACAAACAACCAGUCUAGAUGGUAGAGUACUGAAGGUCAUAAAAUUUGUAUAGGGGGCAGACAUUUGGUGCAGCAGUUAAAGAGCUGUUUGGGAUGGGAUAGCCACAUUCCAUAUCAGAGUGCCUGGUUUGAGUCCUGGGUCUUCCACUUGAUAUCCAGCUUGCUGCUAAUGCUCACUGUUGGGGCCAUAGGUGACGGCUCAUGUACUUGGUUCCCUGCCACUCAAAUGGGAGACCCAGAUGGAGUUCUAGCAUCCUAGUAUUGGUCUGGCUCAGUCCUGGCUGUUUUGGGUGUUAGGGUAGAGAACCAGUGGAUGGAAGAUCUCUGUCUCUAUCUCUGACUCUCACUGCCUUUUAAAUAAUAAAUAAUAAAUAAUUUUUAAAAGUAUUUAUUUGAAAGGCAGAGUUAGAGAAAGAGCUUCCAUCUGCUGACUCACCCCCCAGAUGACCACAACAGCAGGGCUAGGCCAAGCUGAAGCCAGGAACCUGGAAUUGCAUCUGGGUCUCCACACAGGUAGCAGGAGCCCAAGUGUUUGGGCCAUUUCACUGCUUUCCCAGGUGGAUUUAGCCAGAGCUGGAUUGGAAGUAGAGCACUUGAACCAGUUCCCAUAUGGGAUGCCAGCAUUAGGUGGCAGCCUAACAGGCUGUACCACCACAACAU